ACUGCAAGAUAUAAUGUUGAAGUCAUUGGGUUUAAAGUUGCCCACCGAUACAAGUGGAAAUAUGGGGGAUCGAAUGUAAGUAUAAUUCAGUGGAAUUUAGGAGGACAAAUAAAUAGUGCCUAAAUGUCUGUAUGGUCAACGAGCACCGGACGCAACUCAGUCUUUGGUGCUGAGAUUGGAAAUCAAAUAAAUUCAAAUCCACAGCAAUUACCAAAUCAUUCGCAUUUGCAUACAACCGAAGGACAUUGUUUCCAUAAUCGCUUUCACAAUUGUCAGGCGAAGAUGUCGCAGGCUGGUGAUGGCCUUCAUACGCCGAGUUAUCUUUCCUGGAGAAAACUCCAGCUCAGCAGAGCGAAGCUCAAGGCAUCCAGCAAGACUUCAGCACUUUUGUCAGGAUUUGCCAUGGUUGCGAUGGUAGAGGUUCAGCUGAAUCCAGAGUCAAAUGUUCCCAACUCAAUGCUAAUAACUUUUGCUGUUUGCACAACACUCCUAGUUGCUGUUCACAUGUUGGCCCUCAUGAUCUCCACAUGCAUCCUCCCAAACAUCGAGGCAGUGUGCAAUCUCCACAGCAUCAGCCUCGUCCACGAAUCACCCCACGAACGUCUCCACUGGUACAUCGAAAUUGCCUGGGCAUUUUCCACAUUAUUGGGACUCAUUCUCUUCCUCCUGGAGAUUGCUAUUCUGUGUUGGGUCAAAUUUUACGACUUCUCGCAGACAGCUGCCUGGUCUGCCUGCAUCGUUCUCAUUCCAGUACUCAUUAUUUUUCUGGCAUUUGCCAUUCAUUUCUAUCGGAGUCUCGCUGCUCAUAAAUACGAGGUGACUGUCUCCGGAAUUCGGGAGCUGGAACUUCUCAAGGAACAGAUCGAAUCCACUGAUGUCGAGGGGAGAAAUGGCAAUAGUUUAUUACAGGCGAAUACCCAUAUUGUGUGAAACUAUUGCUGGGGAUUUUUUUUUACUCACAAUAUCAUUUUAUUCCUCGGGAGUUUGAGGAAAAAUUUAAAAUUUUGGUCAUAACUGGUUGAGGAUUUGAAUUUUCAUUGAAGUCUUGGGGAUAUAUAUCUAGGGAAUUAGGAUUUCGAAGAAAUUGCUGUUCGUCUGAAUUUUUGUGAUUUUGUUUAUUCGUUGAGAUAUUUUACAUAGGAUUAUGUAGGUGAUUAUGUAAUUAUGAGAGGAUGUGACAACUGUA